AUGGCCGACAGAAAGGGUGGCGGUGCCGGUAGCGGCGAUAACAACCUCUCCCAAUACAAAUAUGCCGCCAUGUCCAACCUGGUCCUGCAGGCGGACCGCAGAUUCGUCACGCGCCGAGGAGACGACAGCACAGGCGAUCCAGAAUCAUUGGCAGGCAAGAUCAGACUCAGCGACAUGGGCUCGAGAACAGCACGUGAGGCUGCACCGGCGCGUGCUCCGGCGCAAGAACAGGCUCGGAAGAGGAAGAGGACAGAGCCGGUGCAGAGUUCGCGUGCGGCUGGUAUAUUGAGUCAGGCAGAUCUGAACAUCGAAGGCCUGAGGUAUCGACCGCGGACAGCUGGCACAAAAGACACAUAUGAUUUGAUUGCAACCAACGUGGCGCAGAAGAUGGGUGGGGACUAUGGUCUUGCUGUCACUGCAUCAGCCACGGACUCGAUACUGGAGUAUCUCAAAGACGACGGCCUGAAGGACUUUGAUAAGAAGAAGGAGAUUGAUGAUAUAUUGGGGGUGCAUCUGUCGAGCAAGGAGUUCAAUACUCUUGUGAAUCUGGGCAAGAAGAUUACGGAUUAUGAUGCUCAGGAUGAAGAUGAGGAGAUGGGGGAUGACGGUGGUGAGGGAGGCGAUAUUGAUGAGCGGCAGGGUGUUGCAGUCGAUUUUGGUGAUGAGGAAGAAGAAGAGGAGGAAGGCGGGAGGACUUUUGAGGUGAGGGAUGAAGGUGAUGAGUCAGAAGACGAGAUGGCUAUGGGCGGUGAAGAGGGGGGUGAAGAGGGGGGUGAAGAGGGCGAGGGUGAAGCGAAGGUUGCAGACGCGGAUGACGAAUUGGAGGACGAUGGCAUGGUCUUUGAAAACCGAAGGCGCCAGACUCGACAAGAAGAUGAUGACCCGGAUAUCGUCCCAGCACACGAGAUCGAUGCAUAUUGGCUUCAGCGACAGAUCGGACAAGUGUAUGAGGAUGCCCAUACGCAGUCUGAGAAGACCAAGACAGCAGAAGAAAUCAUGGGCGACAAGGACGAGUCUGGGGAGGAGAAGCCGUUGCGCGAAGUGGAGAAUGACCUUAUGGAACUCUUCGAUUACGAGCACAACAAGCUGGUCGGCAAACUGGUCAAGAAUCGAAACAAGGUUGUCUGGGUGACGAGGUGGCGGCGAGCUGCCGAGGACGAGAGUGCACGGUUGGCUGUGGAGAAGGAGAUGGUCAAUGAAGGUCACGCUCGGAUACUGAAGGAGCUUCGUGGCAGAGACGAGGCGCAGACGAACGAAGGCGCGCCGAAGCUGAAGGUGAAGCUCGAUCCGAUGGAGCUGGAUGCCAAAGUGCCUGUGAAGGAAGGGGAGCCAGCUCCGAAGGACGGUCUAGUCGGCGGACUACAGCCGCGGAAGACACUCAACCUGGAUGACCUCAAAUUCGACCAAGGCAAUCACUUGAUGACGAACUCGAAUGUCAAACUUCCACAAGGCUCGACCAAGAGGACGUUCAAAGGGUACGAGGAGAUCCAUGUUCCUCCUCCGAAGAAACGAGCCGAUGCUAAUGAGCCACUUAUUCCAACUUCACAACUCCCUGCCUGGGCAAGACCGGGUUUUGGCACUUCUCAGUCUCUGAACAGGAUCCAAACUCGAUGCUUCCCUUCCGCCUUCGAAGAUGAUGGCAACAUGCUCAUCUGUGCCCCCACCGGCUCCGGAAAGACGAAUGUGGCUAUGUUAGCCAUGCUCCGCGAAAUCGGCAAACAUCGGAACCCAGAGACUGGCGACAUCAACCUCGACGAAUUCAAGAUCGUGUAUAUUGCCCCUCUAAAAGCUCUCGUACAAGAACAAGUGGGCAAUUUUGGCAAGCGGCUGGAACCCUACGGCAUCCAGGUCUCGGAAUUGACGGGUGAUCGACAACUCACGAAACAGCAGAUUGCGGAGACGAAUGUCAUUGUUACUACGCCGGAGAAGUGGGAUGUUAUCACCCGGAAGGCCACAGAUACUUCUUACACUAACCUUGUGCGUUUAAUUUGUAUCGAUGAGAUCCAUCUUCUCCAUGAUGAUCGUGGACCUGUGCUGGAGAGUAUUGUUAGUCGGACUAUGCGCCGGCAAGAACAGACUGGUCUGGAAGUUCGGAUCGUUGGUCUGUCUGCUACGUUGCCGAAUUACAAGGAUGUGGCGUCUUUCCUCCGUGUCGACCCCCAGAAAGGUCUCUUCCACUUCGACGGUUCCUUUCGCCCUUGCCCCCUCCAGCAGGAAUUCAUUGGUGUGACGGACAAGAAGGCCAUCAAGCAAUUGCGGAUUAUGAAUGAAGUCUGCUAUACCAAGACUCUGGAGCAAGUGGGCAAGAACGGGCAGCAGAUGUUGAUUUUCGUCCACUCGCGUAAGGAGACGGCGAAGACGGCGAAAUACAUCCGCGAUAAAGCGCUCGAGGAGGAGACGAUUGGCCAGAUACUGAGGCCGGACGCCGCGAGUCAGGAGAUUUUGAGGGAGGAGAGUGAGAGUGUGCAGAAUGCGGAUCUGAAGGACGUCCUCCCUUAUGGCUUUGGCAUCCAUCAUGCUGGGAUGUCAAGAGCGGACAGGACGGCCGUCGAAGAUCUUUUCGCUGAUGGUAGCGUACGCGUGCUUGUGUGCACGGCUACGUUGGCUUGGGGUGUCAAUCUCCCUGCUCAUACCGUUAUCAUCAAAGGCACACAGAUCUACUCGCCGGAGAAGGGGAGUUGGGUCGAGCUGAGCCCGCAGGAUGUGUUGCAGAUGCUUGGAAGGGCUGGUCGACCACAGUAUGAUUCUUAUGGUGAGGGGAUCAUUAUUACGACGCAGACGGAGCUGCAGUACUAUCUCAGUCUGAUGAACCAGCAGUUGCCGAUCGAGAGUCAGCUGGUCAGUAGGCUGGCGGAUAAUUUGAAUGCCGAGGUUGUGCUGGGUAAUGUACGCACACGAGACGAGGGUGUGGAUUGGUUGGGGUAUACUUACCUUUUCGUCCGUAUGCUGCGCAGUCCCGCUCUUUAUCAGGUGGGAGCCGACUAUGAUGACGACGAGACGCUGGAGCAGAAGAGAGUGGAUCUGAUCCAUUCGGCGGCUGUGGUGCUGGAAAAGGCGAGUCUGGUCAAGUAUGAUAAGAAGACUGGCCGGAUCCAGAGCACGGAUCUGGGACGCAUUGCCAGUCACUACUACAUCACGCAUAAUAGUAUGUUGACCUACAACACGCAUAUCCAGCCUUCGGUCACGCCUAUCGAGCUUUUCCGGAUCUUUUCUCUGAGCGACGAGUUCAGGUUCAUUCCUGUGCGACAGGAUGAGAAGUUGGAGAUGGCUAAAUUGCUCCAACGGGUCCCUAUCCCCGUGAAGGAAACGGUGGACGAACCGCACUGCAAGAUCAACGUGUUACUCCAAGCCUACGUCUCCCGGCUCAAGCUCGAGGGCUUGGCCUUGAUGGCUGAUCUGGUCUACGUCACCCAGAGCGCUGGGAGAAUUCUAAGGGCAAUCUUCGAGAUCAGUUUGAAGAAGGGUUGGGCGGGUGUGGCGAAGGACGCGCUGAAUUUGUGUAAGAUGGCCGAGAAGAGGAUGUGGCCUACCAUGUCUCCGCUCAGACAAUUCCCCGAGGUUGGUAGCGAGGUGGUGAAGAAGGCCGAGAGGAUCGAUGUUCCGUGGACUAGUUAUUUUGAUCUCGAUCCGCCGAGGAUGGGGGAGUUGUUGGGGUUGCCAAGAUUGGGGAGGCAGGUGUGUAAUAUGGUGGGGAAGUUUCCCAGGGUGGAGUUGGCGGCGCAGGUUCAGCCGAUCACGAGGUCUUUGCUUAAAGUGGAACUUACGUUGACGCCGAGGUUUGAGUGGGAUGAUGCUCUUCAUGGGAAGGCAGAGGGGUGGUGGAUUUUGGUCGAGGAUUGCGAUGGGGAGGAGAUUUUGUUUCAUGAUCAGUUCAUGCUGAGGAAAGAGUAUGCUACUCUCGCCGAGGGGAACGAGCAUGUGGUGGAGUUCACGGUCCCGAUCCAGGAGCCCCUUCCACCGAAUUAUUUCAUCACGGUCAUCUCAGACCGCUGGAUGGGCGCUGAGAGUAAAUUGGCCUUGAGCUUUCAGAAGUUGAUCCUGCCGGAGAAGUUCCCGGCGCAUACACAGCUUUUGGACCUGCAGGCGCUGCCUGUUGAUGCACUGAAACGGCGGGAGUUUGUGGAGCUUUACCCGGACUGGCAGCAGUUUAAUCGGAUCCAGACGCAGACUUUCCAGUCGCUUUUCCAGGCUGAGGACAAUGUCUUUGUUGGUGCGCCGGCAGGGAGUGGGAAGAGCGUUUGUGCUGAGUUUGCUAUUUUGAGGCAUUGGGGUAGUGGUGAGGAGGGCAAGGCGGUAUAUAUUGCUCCUUUUCAGGCGCAGGUCGAUGCGAGGCUGAAGGAUUGGGAGAAGAGGCUGGGUGGGCUUAUGGGAGGGAAGGGUGUUGUGAAGCUCACGGGUGAGACGGCGGCGGACCUCAAACUUCUGGAGCAAGGUGAUCUUGUUCUUGCGACGCCGGCACAGUGGGAUAUGAUGUCCCGGCAAUGGCAGCGGAGGAAGAACGUCCAGGCAGUUAAGCUGCUUGUGGCGGAUGAUUUACAUUUGCUUGGUGGGCAUGGUGGGUAUGUCUAUGAAGCUGUUGUUUCGCGAGCGCAGGCUAUUACCGCUCAGCUGGAGAACGGCCUCAGGAUCGUGGGGCUCAGUGUUUCACUGUCAAAUGCUAGGGAUAUUGGGGAGUGGAUUGGUGCGAGCAAGCACACGAUCUUCAACUUCUCGCCGAAUGUGAGGCCCGUGCCGUUGAGUCUGCAUUUGCAGGGUUUCAACGUUCCGCACUUCCCUUCGCUCAUGGCUGCCAUGGCUAAGCCGGUGUUUCAGGGGGUCGUGCAGUAUGCUGGCUCUGGGGAUGAUGCGAGGGGUGCGAUGGUGUUUGUGGCUUCGAGGAAGCAGGUCAGGAGUACGGCGUUGGAUUUGGUGGGGUUGUGUGUGGCGGAUGGGAAUGAGGAGAGGUUUUUACGGGCGGAGAUUGAGCAGCUUGAGCCUGUUUUGGGGAGGGUCAAGGAGAGGAGUUUGGCGGAGAGUUUGAGGCAUGGGAUUGCUUAUCUCCAUGAGGGGCUGAGUGCUUCGGAUAAGAGGAUUGUGGAGAGCCUGUUUCAGCAGGGAGCUGUGCAGGUCAUGCUCGUCUCCCGCGACUGCGCCUACGAGGUCCAGAGCUCGGCUCAUCUCGUCAUCAUCAUGGGCACGCAGUUCUUCGAGGGCCGCGAACAUCGCUACCUCGACUACCCCAUCUCGGACGUGCUGCAAAUGUUCGGCAAAGCUGGGACGCCGGGCAAGGAUAAAGAUUGCCGUGGUAUCCUGAUGUGUCCGGAUGUCAAGAGGAAUUACUACAAGAAGUUUCUGGGUGAGGCGCUACCGAUCGAGAGCCAGUUGACGGGGUAUUUGCAUGAUGCGUUCGUGACGGAGAUAUCGACCAAGACGAUUGAGAGUACGCAGGAUGCUGUUGAUUGGUCGACUUAUACCUACUUUUACAGGCGGUUGUUGGCGAACCCUAGCUUCUAUGGGUUGGUGGAUACGAGUCAUGAGGGCUUGAGCGCCUUCUUAUCUGAGCAGGUGGAGUCGACAUUGAAGGAUCUCUCCGAUGCGAAGUUGAUUGAGAUUGACGAGGAGGAGGACACGGUCACCCCACUCAAUGCUGCGAUGAUUGCGGCGUACUACAACAUCUCCUUCAUCACGAUGCAGACGCUUAUGCUUUCCCUCAAGCGAACGACGAAACUCAAGGGUAUCCUGGAGAUCGUCACGGCCGCUACCGAAUUCGAGGAUAUUCAGAUCCGAAGGCACGAAGAAGGUGUCUUGCAGCGCAUCUACGACCGCGUGCCUGUCAAGCUCGCGGAGACGAAUUGGGAGAGUCCGCAUUUCAAGGCUUUCGUCCUGUUGCAGGCGCAUUUCAGCCGGAUGCAGUUGCCUACUGAUCUUGCCAAGGAUCAGGAGGUUGUGCUGAAGAAGGUGCUGAAUCUGCUGAGUGCUUGUGUGGAUGUGCUGAGUUCGGAAGGUCAUCUUAAUGCGAUGAAUGCGAUGGAGAUUUGUCAGAUGGUGGUGCAGGGGAUGUGGGAUCGGGAUUCGCCGCUCAAGCAGAUUCCGCAUUUUGAUGAGGAGGUUGUGGAGGCUUGUACGAGUAAGGGGAUCAAGGAUGUGUUUGAUUUUAUGGAUGCUAUGGAUCCGGGUGAGAAUAAGGGGUACAGGGCCCUGGUCAAGGCUAUGCGGCUCAGCAAUCAGCAGCUCACAGAUGCUGCGAAGUUUACCAACGGCUAUCCGAAUGUCGACUUGGCGUUCGAACUUGCGGAUCCGGACAAUGUCACAGCUGGCUCUCCUUCCACCUUGAACAUCACAGCCGAACGCCAACUAGAGGAGAACGAAGAGCCGGACCUCACAGUCCAUGCUCCCUUCUACCCUGCUGCAAAGACGGAGAAUUGGUGGGUUGUGGUUGGGGAAGAGAAGAGCAAGACUUUACUUGCGAUCAAGCGGGUCACGAUCGCGAAGGUGUUGAAGACGAAGUUGGAGGUGGUGGUUCCUGAAGCUGGGAAGCACGAACUGACUGUCUUCUUGAUGAGUGACUCGUAUGUUGGUGUCGAUCAGGCACCUACUAUCGAAGUGGAUGUUGCUGAGGGCAUGGAGGAGGAUGAGGAGGAUGAUGAGGAGGAGGAGUAG